AUGGACCCGCUCUGGAGGAUGGAUCAACUGCUUCUCUACAUCAAUGCAGCCCUCCUGGUUUAUUUCAGCUGUGCCGGCUUCUGUCUGGCGGAUGCAGGUAAGCGGGGAAGCAGUUCCUUGGUGGGGUAUUAAAAAUGGGUACUGGUAGUAGGCACUCUUCCCUCCACACACCCCUCCGCCGUUCUCUGGGUUUGUGUGCUCCAUUCCUUAAGGGUGUCAUUCGUUUCUUGGAAAAGAAAUUCUCCUCAACUUCCCAGACCUGUUGUAUUCUCAUGCAACGUUUGAACAUCCCUUCAUAAAUGGCUUCACCAUCCAAUGACAGAAGAGUUGAGGAGGAUCAACAAAGGAAAGGGGGGAUGUGUGUUUAACAUGUGGAACUCAUUGUUACAUGACUAAGGAAAGGUGAAGAAAGCACCUCUGAGAGUUCUGUUAAGAUAUUUGCUUUAAAAAGAGGGAUCAGCACAGGGCAAUGUAGUUUUUACUGGCUGUUAGUCAUGCUCAGAGUCUCAAGGAGCCCCUACUUGUUGCAGUGAGAUGGAAUCAUAGACUUGACCUCCAGCUUCCUGUUCCUUUUGUCCAACUGUGCUUGAGAAAAAGGAGCCAGCAGGUAGCUGAAGUGACUUCCCUUUCUUAUAAUUCAAAUGAUUUGUGAUGAUCAUAUGGAACCAGCUCAUGCGGCACCAGGCAUGUGGCUUGUUACUCUUAGAAUUUGAUUCCUGAACUACAUGGGCCUUGUUUCUGUCCCAUGUUUGGUUCUACAGAGCCUUAGUUUGUGAGUCUUCUUAUUUGUGGGGGCAGGGGGAGAGACCUAUGCAGGACCAGGGAGGGUCCUGAAAUGUGUGGAGAGACAAGAUGGAGAAUUCUACAUAAUAGCUGCUUCUAUUCAAAAUUGCACUCCUGUAGAGCAUCCAUGAUAGGUUAGUGUCCAGAUACCAUAGUAGACAAGGUAAUAUGGGCAUCAGCCAAAUCUGGCCACCAAAAACAACCAGCUGGACCCUCAACCCACAGAUAGAAGAGCUAUGCGUAUGGAAUAUUGGCUGUGAAGAUUGAACUUGUGAGAGAACCCAUCGGGCUUCUCAGAGUUGCUCUUCCCUAAGGCUAAGUUACUUUCUAGGAGAGAGGAGCAGACCAUUAAACAAGCACAGUUUAAUAGGUCUUGUGAAAAGAACAGGUAUUUGACUUGUAAUUUCAUAGCUUGCCUCUGGCUUUAAGAAAUUCUCCCAUGGGAGAACAUCAGGGCCUCAGAAGGGUGCUCAGCAGCAGCCUCACUAACAGAUGCAUAGACUGAGAAAUGUUGUUGGAAAGACCUGAGCUGUCCUGUGGAUGCUGAUAGCUCAUGUGAUGAUGCGUUGUAGACCACAAGGUCAAGUUUUCUGCUAACUCCAUUAUUUGUGGAGGACUACAAAUUGUGACACCUCAGAAAAGGGAGCUUGUCAAAUAACAGACCAAGAAAAUUUCCAGCUUGGAAAAUUUGGGGCUCUUAUUACUUUGUUUAGUGGAUGUGUUUCUGUUACUCUUCUCCAGGUAAAAAACCUCUCCGUGGCUAACAUUUUUGAAAAAUGAAACAAAAACACAGUACUGUAACCCUAACCCUUAUUAUACCUGUCCAGAUUAUUAUAGGCAGUUUUGUAUGUGCAGGCACACACACACACUGACAUUUGUAUCCCACCUUUCUUCCAUAAUGAAUCCAAGGAAGAGAUGUUUCCCAGGCAGUCAUGCAUUCAAGCGCUAACCAGCCCUAGACCUGCUUAGCUUCAGCAAGGUGGGAGCCUCCUGUGCCUUUAUACGAGACCCUGGGACAGAGGAAUGGUCAGGUAGUGUGAAGGUUUGAGAAGACACUGUAGAGCAGGGAUGGUCACUUGGUAGCCCACAAUGCAGAUCUGGUCCCUGAGCCACGGUGGCCCUACUAAAUUUUUGCCAAGGUUUGCUCCCAGCUUUGUUGAUAAGGAAAAUGAAACCUUGAAAAAGUUGUAAACAACAGUGAUAUUCCACAAGUUAAUGCUCCGUCUCUCAUUUUGGCUGUGUACGUUCUGCUAAGGCAGGUGCUGUAUUACUGCAGAGCCUCUCCUGCUCUCUGCUGCCAGAGUUGUUAUGGAAUCUGACCUCAGUGAAUGGAUCUGUUUGUGGGGUAAAACACCAUCCCAAUCUUUGGUGUCAGAGCCCAGCAAGGCAAGCAGCUUGCAUUGUCCAUGGCAGGCAGAGGUCAAGUCCAAAAGUGGCAACUGAGACUCUGAAGAACCAGGGGCAGGUGAGCAAAGCUGACGGUUGACUUCCAGAGCAGUUGUGGCACUUGAGAAAGAAUUCAGGGGGUGGCAGUAUGGAAGGGGGAAAGUAUAUUUCUAGGUGGGAGAGAUACCAUAUGUUAAUGAGAGAUUUCAGAAAUGCAGUAUAAGCUCCUUAUUGGGGGAGUGCCUGCCCCCUGUUGCCACCCCCAAGCUGCCUAUGCUCCAGAGUAGGCAGACCAAUCUCAGAGGCACAGAGGCAGAUGAUACAGCGCCUUUGGUUUCCGCAAGGCCCCAGAGCCUUUGUGGCUUCUUUAGUUACCAGGCCUGUCAGAGCCUACUGGAGCUACUGACAGUCACUGACAUCACUUUCUCAUUUUUCCUCCUUUUUCUAUGCAUUGGGCACACAGUAGCAAAGUAAAGCCCUGGCUGAGGCUUCAGACACCCACCAGCUGCAUUUCUCCAGGAUGCCAUCUGGGCCAUUCUGUCUCAGGGCCCAGAUGCAUUCUGGGGGAAAGAAGACGGUGAGUGACUGCAGCCUUGGCCAGCAGUGAGCCUUCUGCAAUCAAAGAAACAUAGAGGGCCCACUGCUUCAUUUACUUUACCUGGCAGCAGCCCCUGCCUAUGAAUGUUCUUGCAACAGAGCCCCUGUUGGUGUCUUGGGCCACCUGAUUGCUUGGGGCUGAUCAGCUGCAGUCUUCCUUCCUGCCACUAUACAGGUAGUGCUCAGCCAUUCCCUCUUCUUGCAAGCUGUCCUGGUGGUGCAGAUAAGAGAGAUCUGCUGUCAGAGUCCCUUGCACUGGGACGUUAAAACUGAACUGCUGUCAGGAUACAGAAGUUCCCUGUCUUGGCAUAGAGUACAUCAGGAGUCUAUCUCUGCCCAGGAGCACCCUUGUUACCUGGUACUUCAGGCAGGGCUGCAAGCUGGCCCAUGGUGUGUGCUCUUCCUUUUAUCCUGCAAUGACUCUGAAGCUUGGAAGGUAUUGUCAUGGCUGAGUGAUCUUUGGUAGAUGAAAGCAUCUAACUCAGGGGAUCAUGGAUAUCUGGAUCAAUUCUGUGAGCUGAUACAGCAAUGAACAGGCACAAGAAUACAGUAAUAGAAUCAUAGAACUGUAGAGUUGGAAGGGGCUGUGAGGGUCAUCUAGUUCCCUGCAAUGCAAGAAUCUUUUUGCCCAAGGUGGGGCCUGAACCUGCAGCCUUGAGAUUAAGAGUCUCAUGCUCUACAUAGAAAGCUGCCUGCCCUACUGAGCUAAACUCAUUGGUCCAUCUAGCUCAGUGUAGUCUACACUGACUGGCAGUGGCUCUCCAGAGUUUCUGGCAGGAGACAUUCUUAGACCUACCGGUACCUGAAGAUGCCAGGGAUUAAACCUUGGACCUUUUUCACACAAUGGAGGUGCUCUGCCAGUGAGCUGUGGACCCCCCCCCCCCAGACAUGCCCACACAGCAAACUUGAGAGCAGUGUGACUUGUUAAGGGCUCCCAAGCAUACAACACAGCAUUUCCGUAAGGAUCACUAGCAAAGAGUUCUUAGCACCCUCUGAUUUGGGGGACGGGGAUGGGGAACGAAUUCAUGACAUUCAAGUCAGUUUCAAAACUGCUGAAAUUGGAAGUGCAUUAAAUAAGGUGCAGGUCUGUUUGCAUCCCAUGCCCAUCACACCACAAUGGAAUCCAAAAUUUUAACAGAAGAGUUUCGGGUCCUAAAAUCGAAACAUAUCACGUUCUCUAGCAAGUUUCUAGUCAUCAUAGAUUCACUGAAAAUAACUGGGAUAUAUUUUGCAAUCAGAAUAGUGAAGUUGUGUCAUAUAAUUUUGCAUAAUAUAGUAUGCAAAUGAACCAUACUUCUAUAACCACAAGGUAGAAUUAGGGGGUGUUGGCACAAAUUGGGAUGAGUUGGAUGUCUCUGCUAACUGAUUUUAUGUCUGUGAGGAUGUAACACAUGGAGACCUUCAUGCAACUAGAACUUGCUAGAAGAAGUUGUCUCAGAUACAGUCUCCAUUCUGGAUGUGACUGUUUCAGUUCCACACUGAGGCCUAUGAAUGCAAUUCUCCAAAUAUUCUGACUCAAGUUUAGUUCCUAAACAAACAAGUCACAUGAUCAUUACACAUUUUUUCCUGUGCUACCCUUCUCCCCAGUUCUAGACAGGUGGCAUCUGGUUCUUUAAUCAGUAUUAGGAAAAGCACUCUGCACAUGCUUCCUCUUCUCUUAUGUUGCUUCACACAUUCCAGGUUCCAAAGCUAAACAGGGUCUCAAGCAGAAUAAGUCCGGUUCUGAUAAAUGUUGCCCAGUGACCAGCAAUUUCCUACCCAAAAGUCCAACCCAAAGGACUUUUCCUGUUCAUGCAAAAAUGCAUUUUGCUCAUGUUCUAACUGCAAAGAAAUGGCAACCUCAAAGCAAUGCAGAUGGCAAGCAUGUCUCAUGCUGCUGGAUGCUGCCCCUAGUUUAAUGGGGUGACAUGCUCUCUCCAGGCAGAGCACAUCCCCCACCCCACCCCCGGCAAUGCCCAUCUGCUUUGCUUCUUGCUGCCCAUGCUGAAGUAGACAUAACAGACACACGGUUGUCCUUGACUGCUUCUGUUGUGAAGGAGCAAGUCCGGAAGUCACUUUGUCUGGGAGGCACCGCUGGAGAUUUAUGAAGGUGUCCUUAAAAUGGUGACUGUGGGUAAGAUGUGGCACACCCCCCCCUCCCAAAAGUCCUUUGCAAUUCCAAUAGCCACCCAUUUCUCCUUUUUCAUACCAACGCCAUGGCCUCCUCCUCCUCCUCCUCUCACCUUAUCCUUAGUUCACCUCAGAUUCAAGCAGCUGAGAUUGAAUAAAGGAAUGGGAUGAAAUAAAGGACUCGGUUUUUAGCUGAUUUCCUCUUCUCCUCUGUGCCCUCCUGGACACACAUACAAACCCUCCACAAACAUUUUACUGUGUACAUUAUGAACUCAUCCAAAUGGCAUUCUCUCCCCCGGCCGCCCCCUGCUUCCCAGUUAACAUGAGACACAAGCCAGCAGGAACUUAUCCCACAUCAGCAGCACUCAUAGUGUGCAAAAUCCAUCCCUUCAGGAUGGCUGCUCUCCUUCUGCCUAACCAUAGGGCCACCUCCAUGUGCCAUUCAAAAAUCCUCCUAACCUAAGACGGAUAGGAAUGUGGCUCUGUGCAGGCACCCUUCUUCCAGCAUGUCACCCUCAUUCACCAUUUUUUAAUAAAGCAGAUAGGAACAAACCUUUCAUAACGAAAGUUACCUCUGCCCAUGUACCUCUCCCUCAGCACUGGGCAGCUACAGGGUAACCCUGCUCUCUUAGAAUUCAGGAGCAAGAUUUCUGUCCAAAGCACAUGCUAAGGACUAAACCCCAGCACCUUUCUGUUAAACACUGCCCCCAACCUCUGAUGACACUUGCACCCCACUAUGCUGAGGGCAACCCGUUAGCCAUUUGUUGUAGCCAGUCAGCCAGCCAGCUGCUUGAGAAUCCCUCUCUUUCUGCAGUUCCAGGACAGACAGCAAAACAGGAAGCUUAUGGAGCUCCCAGUGGGCAUUUAGCUGGCUGGAUGACACUGUGCAGCUCUAUGAUGGCAUGCAAAGCCCAAUGGCAGGACUGAGAGUAUGUUCUAGGAGUCUGUGGGGAGAGGGAAAGAACAAGGUGCAAAAUUUGAUAUUGUGUUCAGAAACCAGCAAGCGGGUUCUUAGUCGUUACUGUUGUGAAGAUGAGCCAGAAGUGACACGGGCAAAGUCUGUUUAAAUCCCAGGAGUUGGAAGAAGCUGAGUUCAAUGGUCAGGGGUGUGGCUUUGGUGCUGUACGUGUAGAUCCAUGUCCCUUUCUUUCAUUUCCAUAAUUUAUACAGAACCCAGCUUUACUUUACAAAUGUGUGUUAGCUUGGGACAGAAAUCCCAGUGUUUUGGGGAUGCCCAUGUUUCCUCCUUCACAGAGGGCAGUCCUCUAAUUUGAAAGUGCCCUCUGCAUUUUGGGUGUGUGUGUGUGUGUGUGUGUGUGUGUGUGUGUGUGUGUGUGUAGUUUGGUCCAAGUCCAUUUUAUAUAUAAAGAAGCAUAAGGGCAGGGGCCUUGAAGGAGAGAGAGCAGGAGAGGUCGUGAAGCUGUCUGCCAACAGUACUGACAGCAAACUGAACUGGACACAGACUUUCCCACUUGCAUUUCUAUCUAAAUUGCAGAUUAUUAUUUUCUUAAUGUGCAUCUAUUAACAUAUGCCCAUUUUAUGCAAAUCUGUGUCCUCCUUCUGACAAUUUAUCUCCACUUCCUUGGUGAUGUGUAAGUGGCCACCUUAAAGUGUUUUAUUUCAAAUCUUCCUUCCCAGCAGUUAAUCAAGCCCAGGGAUCAUUGCCCAGGUUUCAGGCAUUGGUUGCUGACAGCAACAGUUACAGCCAACACAGUGCAAACCUGUUGUUGGCUUGAGUGAUUUGUGCAAACGCGGAAGGAUGCAAACGGUCUUCAUACGGAUGGUCUACAAUUUAGUUUCCCUGUGGUGACUUUAGCAAUCUGGGUGCACAACUUGAUCGCCUUCUUCCUCACUCCCCGAGGUGUUCAUAAGUCAUCUUUUGGCAAAUGGCACACGGCUAAUUUGCACCACUUUAUUGGCCCUAUCCAUAAGCUAAAAUCAAAGAACAGAAGAGCAGGAUUCAUUUAACAAGGGGUGUGCAGAUGCCAGAAGGGAAUGAAAAAGUUAAUUUGGCAGCUGGCUCUGCAGGGAAAAGACUCAUGCUGCCAGAGAACUUGCAGGUUUUGACUGGAGCAGAAGCCUCAUUGGAAAAGUCCUUCUCCCCACCUCCCCUAAUUUCUAUUGUCUGCUCAAGGCAAUUGCCAAGAUAAUAUUUAAGUCAUUUUUACAGCUUGGAAAUGUGAUUUAGCUCUGUAAUAACACCAGGCCUGAGGCCUCUGUGGUGAGCCCUGGCUCGGUCCCUUAAGCCGCUGCGGAAGUGCUGCCCAUUACUCAGAUGCUGAUGAAAGAGGGAACUGAACUGUGCACAAUCUUUAAAGGCUCUAGAGUGGUGGUGUAGCAAAUGGGCCCUAGGGCAGGUAAAGUGAAAUGGACUUAUCCUUACAGCACAAAACAUGUGCUUCCACCGGAGGUGAUCAGCAGCAAGGCUUUCAGGCCGUUUUAUUUUCACAUGUGCCCACAUCAGAGGCAUUUUUGCUUGCGGUGCUAUCCAGAAUUGUUAUGGUCACAGAGACAUCACAUUUGAAGGGCAGUCAAGGGGAGGGGGGUCCUGCAUUUGGGCUGUGAGUCUUUAUUAAAGCUGAGUUUUAAUGGAAAUGUUUGGUCCCAUUUUACCAAAUAUCCAGUCUAAAUCUCCAGAUCUAUUUGAUUGUCAUAGCUGAGGUUUAGACUUGUCCAAGGAAAGUUCAGCUGGCUAGGGACACUGAGAUGGGGAGCCAUGGAGGGGCUGAAUUUGCGGGAGGCAAUUGGUACCCAGUUCAGAUCUUACCUCAGCCAUGGACUCACCAGGUAGCCACUCUCAGUUAGCCUCCUUCCCCCAAUUUGUUGUUGUUUAGUCGUUUAGUCAUGUCCAACUCUUCGUGACCCCAUGGACCAGAGCACUCCAGGCACUCCUGUCUUCCACUGCCUCCCGCAUGCUGGUAGCUUCGAGAACACUGUCCAACCAUCUCGUCCUCUGUCGUCCCCUUCUCCUCGUGCCCUCCAUCUUUCCCAACAUCAGGGUCUUUUCCAGGGAGUCUUCUCUUCUCAUGAGGUGGCCAAAGUAUUGGCGCCUCAGCUUCACGAUCUGUCCUUCCACUGAGCAAUCAGGCUGAUUUUCUUAAGAAUGGAUAGGUUUGAUCUUCUUGCAGUCCAUGGGACUCUCAAGAGUCUCCUCCAGCACCAUAAUUCAAAAGCAUCAAUUCUUCGGCGAUCAGCCUUCUUUAUGGUCCAGCUCUCACUUCCAUACAUCACUUCUGGGAAAACCAUAGCUUUAACUAUACAGACCUUUGUUGGCAAGGUGAUGUCUCUGCUUUUUAGGAUGCUGUCUAGGUAUGUCAUUGCUUUUCUCCCAAGAAGCAGGCGUCUUUUAAUUUCCCCAAUACCUUCCCCCAAUACCUCACCCUAGAUAAUAAGAGUUGGGACUAAGGCCAUUCCCUCCCUCCAGUGUCCCAGAGGUGAAUACAGGGACAUUGUUUUUGAGGGCUUGUAACAUCAUCCCACCCGUUAUCGCCUCCUGCCCCUUCAUUUCACAUUCCUGACAAGAUGGGCCCUGGAUCUUUUUCUAAGCACCCCAAAUGUUUCUGGUGGACUAUUGAUUGGGGAGGGGAAUUGAACUGAGGAAACAUUUGGGUUACCCAGUCAGAGUGAAUUUGGGGAAAUAAAUGAAUUUUAGAUGAUUUAAUCUAGAGAUGAUUUGAAGGAUAACGGAUAUGGAUAAUUGAAGGGGAAUUGAAUUGAUUUGAAAUGGGAUCUGCUGGGACCUUAACUGGGAUAAAUGAAAUGAAGAAGAGCUGGUUUUUAGUGAUUUGGGGCAAAUUAACUGAGGGAUUUAUCUGGAAAGUUAGUUGCCUUAUUUCAGUAUCAUUCCAGGGUAACUACACUUAUGUACACUUCCUUUGCAGUAAGUCCCUCUGAACUGAACAGGCUUGCUCCACCCUCAAAGGCAAAGUAAAGACAAUUGAAUGAGGACAUUAGUGUGGGAAUGUUCAGGGUGGCAGGAGAGGAUAUAUUGCUUAUUAAUAUCCUUCCUAACUUGAGCUAGCAAGUUCCUUUACUUAGCAGAGUGCAUUCCCCUUUACACAGCAGAAAACUAGUGGCAAACUCGUGUGAGUUUCUUAAGACAAUAUGCAAUUCAAUCUGGCUUGUCCAGAUUGAAAUAUGUUCUAACAUUUUCCUGGUAAGACCCCUUGAAUCCCUCCUAAAAGAAUAAAGACACCAGAGUCUUAUUCAUAAGCAAUAAAAAGAAAGUUUGCCCACGACCAAUGCAGAGCACAGUGUGAUCCCUGAAGGCAGGCUUUAGGCUUAAAGUUACAAACUUAUACUAACAGGUUUACCCCAUAAGGGAGAUGACCUGGGGGACUGCUCAGCUGGCAGCCAGCAGUUCAUUCCAGGAAGUUCACAGGACAAAAAGAAGAUGGAAAAGAGAGACAAUGGCAGCAUGCCUUUGCCUUUUACCGGUCAGGAAAGGUCAUGCCCACCUACUAGUCACAUGCAAGUAACGAUGCUCCAGGCCAGGAGGAACAGGAAGUUUCGACUGGCUGGACCAAACAUUCCCUUGCAUGUCCACUCUAGCAAAACAAGGAAUGUUGUACUUGACUGCUCUCAGUGGAUUAUAUCUCACAAUUAGGAGCAUACAUAAGGUGUGGAAUGUGGAUCCCUGCUUGGUCAGCUGGAAGUGAUCCUUCUUUGCCACAAGAAGCUAAGCAAGUGGAUAAUUACAAAUCUGCUAUUCCUCUCUGGAUUGGGAGAAUGACCGGAGGGCAAGAGACUAGCAGCCCCUUUGAGAGCCCUUUUCUAUCCACUGCUCUAACCAGGAUUGAUUGGGGAUUCUUGGAAAGAGGACAAACAAGAUCUUAGAUCACAGUGAGGCUUCGGGAACACAGUCCCUGAAUGUUCAGGUUUCAUUAAAAUAAAAAGUCAGCCUUUAGCCAUGGCCCCUUGGAUGUUGCUUAGACUAUAGCUCCCAACAGUGCCAGCCAGCAUGGCCAAUGGCCAGGGAUAAUGGGAGGUAGUCUGAAAACAUCUGGAGGGUGGUUUUGCUUGUGGAAGAUAGAAGAAAAAGAAAGAAGGCAAUUUCUGCCUUUCCCAACCUGGUGCCCUCCAGAUGUUUUGGACUACAACUCCAAUCAGCUCCAGUCAGCUGUGGUAGCUGAGGCUGAUGGAGAUUGGGGGGGUCUAAAACAUCUGGAAGACACCACAUUGCCAAAAACUGUUGUUUUAUUCAGUUACUCACUCUGAGAUGAACCUCUUAAGACUGGAGCAAAUAGAAACAGGACAAGAUUCAUUAGUAGUGAUUUCUCUUGUUCAGGAACAGGGACGAUUGAUUUUUAGUUCCUGGGCCAGAAAGUAGACAUUCUAGUAAGGGAAUCUAUUUUAUAAGUGCCAUUUCAGACAAAUUAGCAAUUUUUUGCCAAAUACUUUGUUAGAACCUACUCCCCUGAGGGUGAUGGACUGAUUCCUUUAAUUAGAGCCGAACAUGCAAGCUGAUGCAAAGCUUGUUAAUGUGGGUGGAAAGGGGGCCUCUGAGCCAGCAGGCAACAGCCUCCCAACCAAAACAGAAGGACGUCAACAGUGAGUGGUGGGUGCAGAGUCCAAGAGUGGCACCCUGCUGGAAAAAUGGCCCUUUGCAAAGCGACAUGGGUAAACUGACAGAUUGCUGCCCCGAGGACCUUGCAAUCUGGAAAUGUGACAGCGGAGGAGGCAAUGAAGGAAGGCAAGCAAAGGCUGGGGGAAGCAGCAGCAACAGGGAGCUAGCGGAGUUACAUGCAAAGGAAGGAGCUUUGUGCAUACUGGGGAGGAGACGUCCUGGAAGAAGUUUAAAAGGAGGCAUUUAAACGGAGUCUGUUCUGGGAGGAGCAGGCAGGAUCAUUGAAGGGAGCAGGGCAUGGCUGGGUGACUUAGAGGGGGAGAGGGGGAAGGCGGCAACACUGUGCCGCAAAUUGCCCUUAGCCAGGCAGUGGGGAAGGCAGACACUCUCAUCAGGGUGCCUACCUAUUUCUUCCUACUCUCCCCCCCCCCUCUCUCUCUCUCUCUCUCUCUCUCUGUGUGUAAACUGAUAUAGCAUAAGGUGCUAUCAGUCUCUAGCAUGCACACUCGCUCUCCCCCUCUCUCAGAAACAGGGAUGCAUGAAAGCUGGUUUCUCUCUGGUUCUCAUUCUCCCACUCUUUCACUUCAAGUCUCCGCAUUUCCAUAUCAGUUUGCAUAUUUUUUUAAAAAAAUAAUAACCCUCAUGCAAAUUAACCAUCAUUUUUUAGUUCCCAUUUCCCCUGAUAUACACAUUUUCCUAUGCAAUUUUGCUUAAUAUACACAAUUUUGCAAAGUGAUUUCCUCUGAGAGAAUGAAUUUUUGAAUCUUAUUUUCUCUUACAUUUUGAAUGCACACUCUAUGCUGCUAUAUGCAUUUUUGUCCACUUUGCUCAGCUGGAGAACGGCACCACAAAAGUUGGAGAAGUGCAAAUUUCGAAGGGUGGCUGCAUUUCGGUUUGCAUAUUAUUUGGGAAAGUGUGGAUAAGGGUAGGUUCGCCUUUAAAUGUGAACUGCAUCAAAUUCCUCCACCAAACCUAGGGCUCAGAAGUAAAAUACAAGGCUGCUUCUGCAAUGCCCUACCCCCCCCGAACUGUGGAGCCUUGAAAAUCUCUGUGCUUGGUGCUUUCCUCUUUUAGAAAUCAACUUCUUGGGAAAGGGGUGGAGUGCGUUCUAAACCCCCCACCACCUUGGCUGCUGGCUCCAGCUACACCCACCCAUGGCUUGCUGGAGGCCUAAGAUUAUGGUGCCUCUGGCCCCAUUUGCUGCUCAGUGGUUUUCAGAGCCGUUUCCUCUGUCCUUUCGAGAACAAAAGGCCAGGCUGCCAGGGGGGCUUUGUCCUCUCAAAGUGGCAGGGGGACAAGGUGGUUCGGCAUCCAUCCCCAUCCAUCAUUCCUUCCCACGGCCUCUGCGUGACUCCAGGUCCAAAUAAAUGGCAGAGGUGGGCCCAGGAUUUUUGUGUGUACCUUUGUCACUAAGGCACUCUGGAGAGUGCUUUCAGCCCUUGCUAAAAAACCCAUAAAGCUGGCACGCUAUUAUUCUCCAUGUGGGAGCCUCACAGAGAAGAGUGCAAAAAAGAAUUCUCUGAAUAGCAAAGUACACGAGGAAGGCGGGAAACCCUUUUAUAGUCACACCUCCACUUCCAAGAAGGAAACAAGGACCCCCACAGCCCCGAGAGGAGGAAAGAGAAUGAGAGCGAGAGCGGGGUGGUCAGGUUCCAGCUCUUGAGCGAGUGAGAGAGUGAAUAGAGAUCAGAAAACUUAGCAACAGAACUGCAGGUCAUGUUCUUACGCCUCUCAUUUCUGCAGAAAAGGUCACGGCACAGGGAACAGAAAGCUGCCACGAUGGCAUCUUGACAUUUAGAGCUUCCUGGCAGGUUCCACUAAGCGAUGCCUGGAAUUAGACAAAGGCAGCCCAGCCCAGCCCACUUAGCUAUAGCUUCAAAUGGCAGGAGGGACAUCCAGGCCAGGGGCCCAGCCUAGAGGUGGUGGCACUUUGGCACAGAAGCUUGGUCUUUGCAGCCAAGCUGGUGAAGGAUCAUCCCCACCUCAGUGUGGAAUUGCCACCUGUUUCUUUGAUAGCUCCAGAAUUGAGCAUCUCGCCAUGUCUACAGAACAUCUGUAAGCAGGCUCGUCGUUCAGACAGGGAGGUGGUAACUAGCAGGGCAGCAGAGGUUCCUUUGGCUAAUCUGCAUUAAGCCAUUGAAAAGUCCUCCCUGAAUUUCCCCAGUUGGUAAGCGUGUGAGCUGAUGCAGGAUCCGCGGGUUCAAAUCUGAUCUUAAACUUCGAUGGCCUUAUCUAAGGCCCUGUUUCCUCAAGUUCCCCCAGAUCUGGGCACUCUUCACCCUCACAGGUCUCUUGCAAGGAUGACUACAUAUGGGAAGCACUUUGAACCCACAGCAAAUGCUGUGUGUGUGUGUGUGUGUGUGUGUGUGUGUGUGUGUAUGCAAAAUAAAAGUAAACUUUUAGGGUGCUUCCUAUGGCUGCCUAGAACCAUGAAUGAAUGCAUAGUAUGCCUGUUCAUUUGCAGAAAAAAAGGAAAACAAAAGGCAGGAAUCUGGAGACUGCAGGCUUUGAAACCUCCAAAUCUCUUGGGUGGGAGGGCUUUUGACUUCUCUGCUGGACUGCGUGGGUGCUACUAUGUGUUCGCAUGAGUGUUGUGUGUCUGUAUGAAUAGAGUGUGUGGGAAGGUGAAGUGCAAAUGGGCGGAACGCAAGUUCCACAAUGAGUGCACCACCAUCCGUGGCUCUCGCUUGCUGCUAAAAAGCUUUCGGCAUCCCUUGACCCUUCUGGAAAGGCUCUGCAGUCUUUAAGCUUUUUACAAUGUCGGGGGUGCACCCUGCAGAACGGGAACAAAGUGACCUACAAACUCCUCUCUGCCUGGCCUUGAUACAAAUUCCGCUGUGCUCCCUUGCUGCUUUUACCGUAAGUGCAGCUUAGGAAGCCCCAGAGCUCAAAGGCUCUCAACUGCAGCCAGGAAGGUUGCUGCUUUUUGGCCCUUCAGAGUGGCCAGCGGGGAUGGGAGCUGAGCUCCAGUGCUGGUUGCCCUUGGGAGAGCUCAGCUGCAACAGCAGGAUGCAGCUGCAGUCAUGCCGAGACUGCAAGACUGUGCCCACUUGACCUGGGAGUAAGCCCCGCUGAACUCAUUGGGAUUUACUCAGAGUAGGCAUGUGCAGGAUUGUGCUGUGAAUCCCUUUUGUCUGCUGUUUGCAUGCCAAAGGAGCAGCUGCUAAAUUGGCACCCAUCCAUCUAGUUGGCUGUUCAAAGAAGACUUAAGUUCUAAUCCACGAUUAUUUAUUUUUAAAAGUAAUGCUUUAAAAGUAAAGCUUAAGGCAGUGAUGAGACAGCUGUAGCAGAAAUGGACAUGCUCAUCCUAUAACUAGAUAUGUGCUUUCUUUUUUCUUUUUCUUUUUCUAAGAACCUUGUAUUCCUCCCAAAUCCCAAAGAGUAGCUAUGAUCAAAAACAGUGACAGGCUCUAGGUAAGCAAAUGGGCCACUGGCUAGUUUCUUGCUGGCCUCCUCACACCUGCUGGGAAUCUUGCAGACCCUGUUAAGUAACAGGCACCAAAUUGACUGGCUUGCUUUUUACUUGGGAUUGGGCUUUCCAAUGGCAACUAAAUAUCUUGCUCCAAUAUAAUUUUGGAAUUAGAGCAAUGCAAUUAGUGAGAGAGAGGGGAAGAAGAUAUCUUCUUACUUGCUUCCCUUUGCCCACCCCCCUCAUGUGAGAUUUCUCAAGUGAGUUUUCCCGUCUCCGGGCGAAUUCACUUGUCUCUCUACAUCUCAGGACCCACCCAUAUCUCAUCCUUAUGCAUAUUGUGAAUCCCUUGUGCCUCCUUGCCCGUGUGACGUUCUUAUCCAGCUACUGCUGUCCCACACUUGCUCUUCCCUAAAUCCAGAGAUCCCCUUUGCUUUGAAAAUUCAUACAGGAGAGCUGCAUCAAUUGCAUAUAGGGAAUCUCUGGAUAUAUGUAGGGGAAAGCCUGGGACAGUAACAGUUAGAGGGGAGCACCACGUAGACAAAAUACACAGUAAGAUGAGGUAUGGAAAACCUAUUUCUUAGGACCAUUGUGAGGCUAAAUGUACACAAAACAGCCUCUGCCUGCAUUCUCUCCUUUCCCUGGGGCAUAUUCUAAUGUGUAAACUAGUGUGUUUUUCCUAGCGCUUAUCCAGUUAGGGGCUUAUCUGUGCUGCAUAUGUAGAUCCAUGCACACACACGGCAGAGUCUUCAUCACCAUUAUUCUUGCAUAAUUCUUCUUCUUCAUUCAAAGCAUGCUGCCUACAUUCUCCCAAUAUUUUAAGGUGUUGUUGUAAAACUGGGAGGGGUCUGUGCAGGAGAAGGCUAAUGCAUCCAGAGGUCUUGCUGGAGUGUCUCUUAACAGUCCUGGGCAAAGUUGCCAGAUGCAUCAUUUAUUUGGGAGACUACAGGUGAUGUGUUUCCAUGGGAGUUAAUUGUCCAGUGAUUGCUUCUUGAUACAGAUCCACUGCUACUGGUAAGAAGCAUUGCAAUGCAUGGCCUCUGAAUAUUAAGGUUCCAUUUAGCUGUAAGGGCUACUAGCUAUCCAGACAUGUUGCCUCCACAAAUUUCCCUUCUGCAUGUCUCCAAACCACCCCAUCAUGAGCAACCAUCAGCUCUCCUUCAGGUGGGAGUGCCUAAUAAUAAUACUGUCCUUCAACUGAGGAUCACAGGGAGGUUUUUAAUAUAAAAACACAAAAAUGCUUAACAUAGUAACAAAUAAAAACAAUAAACCCCCCGCAGUUUAAAAAGCCAUAGAUUGUUGUUGUUAUGUUUCUUCUGACAGUCAAUUCCAUUAGCUAAUCAUGUGUGGUGUGAAGAAGUCCUUCCAGCUUCCUUCUCUCCUGCUAAGUAUCUUCUCCAUUCAUGUGAUGUGAAUCUCCCUCUCCUUGCAGACAGCCCCUCCGCUCCAGUCAAUGUCACAGUCAAGCUCCUGAAAGCCAACUCAGCUGUUGUGACCUGGGACGUCCUGGAAGAAGAGGUGGUCAUAGGAUUUGCCAUCUCCCAGCAGGUAGGUGGCAAAAUCCCUUCCCUUAAAACUGGACUUUUUGCAAGAUCAGAACGGAGGUUCAAUAAACAGCCAAUGUUGUCUAACCUACCAGCAACUUUGUGCAGUUGAAUCAGUAAAGAGGUUGUCUGGAAGCAACCUCAGAUUCAGAAUUGUUUCUUUGCAUCUAGUCCUCAGAUCAUAAAACAAGAAUUUAACAAUGGGAGCUACGUAUCCUUAUAAAAAUAGCACUAGUUGACAAAAAAUAAAAUAAAUAAUAUUCUGACUAUCCCUGGCAAAUCACAGCAUUCCCUUUCAGUUCCUAUUUUUAACAGAUGUAAAAAUAAAAGAUAUACACAAACCUGAAUAAAUUUAUAUGAAACCUGAACAAACUGUUACAGUAAUUAAGAGGCUGAUGCAACUCACUGCCUAAAGAGUUUCCUUGUCAAUCAAACUUCAGAAAGAUGCAAUGACUCUCUCUUCCCUCAUUCCAUUCAGACAUUCCCCUGUCAUCAAAAUUUAAAGGUCUUCUGACACCUUGUCCUGUGAGCAAAAACAAGUUAUUUCAAAGCAGCAAGCAAAUGAUUGGGACCAGUGGCAUAGGAAGAUGUGCGCGGUGGGGCGGUUCGCUCUGGUUGCCACAACUGAGGGGGGUGACAAACUGGAGAAAAUAAGUAUUUAAAAAAUAAACUUAUUGUAGCACCUCUCCGAGAGGUUGUCAGGGCUCCCCGGGUCCCAGAUGUCACCCUCCUUGCCUUGAAACCUUCGCCCCGCCCCCAACCCAGCUGGCCAAUCGGCUGUGGCUGGGGGCAGGACGAAGGCAAGGAAAGGGCUGGUGUUCCAAGGCCGACUUGCAUAGCCUCCUGCCAGCAGUGGUUGGGUUUUUUGGGCCACUGCAGCGGCCCCCACAGGCUGCUGCUUCCUGUUUCAACCACCCUGAUAAGAGGAGAGGAGAGUGGUCAAAAGCAGUCAAUAAACUUUGUCUCAAUGAGCUCUUGCAAAAACAUAGGAACCAAAAGCAGCUGGGAGGCAGGUCCCUGAACCAGUGGCCUUAGCACCUGCCAACAGCGGUUGGGCUCUGGGGCGCGCGGGCACUGCGGACGACCUCCUGGGCCGCUAAGCCAAAGCUGUUUAUGCUCACAAUGUUCAGUAAAUGAACAAGAAAACAACACUUGUGACUCUAAGUAUCUUAUUUUUCCUUCUUUUAAUAAUCUGAAUGUGUGUGGGGGAGUGACAAGGAAUUUUCUGCACCGGGUACCACCUGACCUUGCUACGCCUCUGAUUGGGACAGGCUUUGGUUUAAACAAUGGGACCUGCUGCUGCCAUUUCUCAUUUGGCCCUUUGGAAUAUGUGGAUGUUUUGCUUUCUCCCCCUGCAGAAGAAGGAUGUCAGGAUGCUGCGCUUCAUCCAGGAGGUGAACACCACCACCCGCUCGUGCUCCCUCUGGGACCUGGAAGAGGACACCGAGUACAUUGUGCACGUCCAGUCCAUCAGCAUCCAAGGCCAGAGUCCAGCCAGCGAACCAGUCCACUUCAAGACCCCCCGGGAAGCGGAGAAACUGGCUUCCAAAAACAAAGGCAAGUCAGGAGGAGGCUGUGGGCCCUGGGAGGUGGGAGACAAGCAGCACUGUUUGCAGGAGGGCAGCGAAGUGGAGCUACAAGUGGCAAAGGGACCCCACUGAGCCACUGCUGUCAGCUGGAAUGGAGUACCAGAAGAAGGUGAGAGCCAGCAGGAGAUAAUUCUCAUUUUGCGCACCCUGCCUCUUCCAGGAGGAGGGUGUCCACUGCUGUGGCCCCUUCCUCCAGGGCCCUCUAGCUGGUCAGAUGAACAUCCUUCUUUCAGCACAGCUGGGAAGUGGAAGCAAGCAGCUGGAAGGCUUAAACUGGGGCUGUGCAACAUUUGCUGCUGCUGCCAACACCUCUGCCCAAGAGGGAAUGCAUCAACCCUGCCUUGCCACCUGCCAGGUCCAUGAUACAGCCCUUGGGUUACUGGGCCUUUUCAAGCACCUGCCCAGCUGGAACAAAAGGCGAAGCUGCUGCGUGUGUAUUGGGGGGUGGGUUCUGCAUUGUGUGGAUUUGUGCAAAAGGGCUAGGGUGGUAUACACCCACAUCAGGCACCACAGCAGCCUUUCCAGGUUUGCAAAAAUCAGUUUGGUGGCUGGGAAAACAGCAAGGAGGAACAGAAUAGUGCGUGGGGGCAGGGGGGGUGGGAUAACAAUGAGUGACCUAGCACCCAGCAAGGCAGAAGGGGAUAGAAGUUGCUCAUCACUCAAGUGUGAGAAAACCUCGAACAUUCUGAAAUCCUCUGGGUUGUACCAAAAUAAGGUUUACUCAGUGCAGACCCAGCAAAAUGAAAGGAUAUGACUGACGUAGGGCCAGCAAGGGGUCUACUCUGAGUUAGGACAGGAUGACCACUUAUACAUCGCGCAAAAAGAGGCCACAGAUCUGCUUUCGUUUGUUUAUACACAUGUAGAAAUAAUAACUAUGAAUUAAAUAGAAGCACAGCAUAUCUUCGCAUAGCUGGGGAGACCUUGACCAGGUUCCUUGUGAGGGAGGGGCUGAGAGUGCCAUGGUUUGUUUUUCCAAGAUGAGAGGUGUCUAUCUAAAAAGCCUCUGCAAUGCCACAGGAUGCUGCCGCCGGGGCUGAUGGAAGGUGUGGUCCAAAAUGCCUGGACACCACCAGCUUGGCAAAGGCUGCUAUCAGAGGCUCCGAGGUACAUUGGGGGAAGCCACAUGGUCCUCACACCUAGGGAUACCUUGCGUACUUGAAAGCCGUGCUUCACAAGUCAACUCUUUGCCCAAUUCUUUGUUUAGGGUAACAAAAAUCUGUGAGGGUAGGUUUGGAAUGGAGCUAAGGUCCUCCUGCCAUUUCUCUCUCUCUCUCUCUCUCUCUCUCUCUCUCUCUCUCUCACCCCAUCCUGUGCAGAUGAGGUAACGAUGAAGGAGAUGGGAGAGAAAAACCAGCAGCUGCGAGCCGGGGAGAUCCUCAUCAUUGUCGUGGUCUUGUUCAUGUGGGCUGGUCAGUAUGAGUCCCCUAAAUGCAUGCAAAAUAAAUGCAUGUAUUGGGGGUUUUGGACAGAGAAUUUUGUGCACACAAAAAGACCCUGAAGACAUGUGCACAGGUGGACAUAACUAGGCAAUCAUUUUCACAAUAUGUCCCCGCCUGUGUGCAUUGGAUGCUUUAAAAAGUACAAGAGGAGAAGCUGCUGCCCCAAUUAUGUUUCCAGUCUAAAACUGAACACAGAUCAGACUGCAGUGGAAAGAGGCAGAGGGAGGGAUGAAUGAGGAAGAAUAAGCAGUUAUUUGGGUUACAUGUGCUUGGGUUCGACUAUAAUCAAGUAUAGAGAUUAUUAGAAUUUUACCAGCUUGCACACAAGUAUGGUUGUUAUGUUUCUAGAUUUUGUUGUGUUUCCAAUGUGCUCUUACCCAGCUUGUUUCCUGGGGUGGAUCAAAACACGGGGGGGGGGGGGGGAUGCUAUUAAAAAAAGUCAGAAGUUAGAUUGUAAAAACAAAAGAAAAAAAUCUCUAUGGAAAAUCGUGUUUUAAAAUUUCCUGCUCUCUGUCGCCAUCUGGUGCACAUUCAAACAGCUAUUUCUUUAGCUGAGAAACAGCUGAGUCCCUGGGGUUGGGACUUAUUAGGAACUGAAAUAACUUCACAAUAGCCACUCACCUCCCUGGAUAGUCCCCAGUGCCAGAAGACUCUUUUGCCUUUAUUUGUCCCAUCAGAGUCUUGUACAGUGGUACCUCGGGUUACAUACGCUUCAGGUUACAUGCGCUUCAGGUUACAGACUCCGCUAACCCAGAAAUAAUACCUCGGGUUAAGAACUUUGCUUCAGGAUGAGAACAGAAAUCGUGCUACGGCGGCGCGGCGGCAGCAGGAGGCCCCAUUAGCUAAAGUGGUGCUUCAGGUUAAGAACAGUUUCAGGUUAAGAAUGGACCUCCGGAACGAAUUAAGUAUUUAACCCAAGGUACCACUGUAAAUUGCCAGCCAGUCAAGAUUUCUCACUAUGUGCCUUCUCUGAAAUUCUGAAGAAGUCUAAACAGACAAAUCAAGUGUAAAUUGUCACCCUAUGCCUGCCUUGCAAUCCGCUCCUGUUUCUCUGUGUUAUUAGUAUUUUUUACUAGAGUGCCUAUUUAACUACCCCCUGUUAAAAUGACAGAAUUGUUAAAACAAUAAAUGGCCUGAAGCAUUAUUAGAGCAUAAAUCAGCAGAAUGGCAGUAAGCCCCAAUCCUCUUAAAAUCUACUACCAGGAAUUGAGGGGGAGGGCAGGCGUGGAGAGACAAGAAGAAAACCUUCCUGUAAGCAAAACUGCUCCCUCUGUGACAGAAUCAUAGAACUGUAGGUGUUGAUGUAUGACCAGUUUAUGAGGACAUUCAAAGCACAUCCAACACACAUGUAAAACACAGAACAUCCCACAAAGAACCCUGGGAAUUUGAUAAGGGUACUGGGAAUUGCAGGUCUGCAAGGGGGAACCAUGCUUCCUUGGUUUGGGGAAAGCAACGUGCUUUAAAUGUGUGUUGAAUGUAAUUUGUGUUGAAUCUAAGGUCUGCUUUUGGAAUUAAGAUUAGCUUGCAGUACUGAGCAUGCUGGGCUUUUCUUUUUAGACUUCUUAAGAGAUGUCAUAAGGAAAGACUGCAUAUGGAAAAGUUAGAGGGGCAACUCCCCACCAUCCCAUAAUGGUUCCUGCUCUAUCAAAAUAAAUAAAAGUGUGCUAGUUUAUAGUCUCCAUAAAUAUUCAAGCCCCUUCUGCUAUAAUUCUGCAAGUUUACCAGCAGGUUGUUGCCAGUGUGAGUCAUUUGUAAAAACAGAAGGCUUGGACGUGCCUUGAACUCAUAUCCUCACAUUUUUACCUCCUAUAAACCCAGAUGUGUGGUGUAGGUGAGGAAGCCUGUACUUCCUGCACAUGCCCAGAGACUCCUGUUCUUUAUUGUCUCUUUUCUUCCAUCCGUAUCAACUGCUCUGUAUAUUUAGGUGUACACAUAUUGACGAAUAAUUCCCCGAGCCAAUGCAGAGUAUUGUCUAAGGCCGUUUCCCAUACAGUCACUGUUUACGGGUGGGAUUCAGUCACAUCAGGCUGCACAAUUACAACUGAUCUGGAGCUCUUGCGAAACAAAACCUCCCCUCCACCUGGAAAGAUUGGAUGGGAUAAGGAACAUGAUAGGGAAAGGCACUGGAAUGAGGAGGAUAACAAGGUGGAUUAUCAUUCAAUAGCUGCCGCCGCCUAAUCUCUCUGCACACAAGCCAGGCUGAAUGCUCAUUAAGCAGGCUGCAUGGAACCGACUUAAGGGGGUGAGCGAUAAGCCCCCAGUUUAAAUACUGCCUUGGCCAUGAACAAAUUCGGUAGCCUCAGGCAUCUCUCACUCUCAACAUCAGCCCACCUUCCAUCUGCAGAAUGGUCAUAAAUAUAAGCAGUGCUUUUCUCCAGGGGAUACUCAAAGGUGCGCGGUACCGGCACUUUUCCCCAUUGUUGUUAAAAAGUGUGACGCUUACUGUAACAACUUCAUGGGGAGUACCGACACCUAUUUUUCUAGGGGAAAAGCGCUGAAUAUCAGGCUGUUUUACCUCCUCAAAAAUAAAUAAAUGUUCCCUGAGCAAAACAGCUUACAAAGAUCAAUCAUAAAAAGUCCUAUUAUUAUUAUUAUUAUUAAUUAUAUUUCUAUCCCACCUUUCCUUCCAAGGAGCUCAAGGUGGUGGUGUCCAUGGUUCUCCCCCUCCUCAUUUAAUUCCCACAACAACUUUGUGAGGUAGGUUAGGCCAAGAAGCAGUGACUAGCCCAAGGUCCCUAGUGAGCUUCAUGGCCGAGUGGGGAUUUGAACCCUGGCCAAUCUCCAAGCGGCAAGAGACUCCAGGGGGGCCUGCACUUACCCAGGGUGCAAUGAGGGUCAUUGGAGACUGCAGUGUCUUUAGGAUAUAUGACUUUAUUUACAUAUAUAUACAACCUGAGUAUUGGAUGGAGGGGCCCAAAGAACUGUAUUUUAAUAUUUUGUUGGAAGCCAUCCAGAGUGUCUGGGGAAGCCCAGCCAGAUGGGUGGGGUAUAAAUUAUUAAUUAAUUAAUUAAUUAAUUAAUUAACACUUCCAUAGAUCUUGCCUCUCCUUUAGGUCUCCAGGGAAGCCCCAAGCCACAGCUUUGGGUUCAGCACAGAGCAAGACACGCCUCUCUGUCCAGCUUCCAGCCCAGCCAAACUCACCCCCACACAGCCCCGCUUGGCCUAUUGUUCUCCAUACUAGGAUGACCCUGGCAUCCAGCCAGGAGAGGUGGGGAAAGGCCCACCCAUUUGUUUCUAUGACAAGGGAGCUCGCUGUUUUCAGCUGCAAAUGCAGGAUACUUAGCUGAGCAGCUAAGGCCAUUACACUGACAAAGGGACUGGUCUGACCAGUUUAGGAAGCUUCCUCCUAUAGCUUCCAUCCCACCCCCAAUAAAAGGACUUUUGCAGUAAGGAAAGUGAUGAGAAAAUGUGCUGGAAAGUGUGGAAUAACAAUUGCUUGUUGUGCUCUUGUAUACCCCUCCCACAAACGGCUCACUUAAGAAUGGAUAUCGCAAAACCUACUUGCCUACAAGUCAAGAGGCUCAAUAAUGUUGAAGGUUUCAGGAAGGAGUCAGUCUGGGUGGUAGACAUACAGUAGGUCCCUUCAGAUCUGUAAUGUUGUGUAUGAGAGGCUAAAAUCUAUAAGAGGAAACCUGUCAGACCAGUUUGUUUGUCAAGAUGAUGGCCUGGGCUGCUCAGCCAAGUGCCCAUCAUCUGUAUCUCAACAAUGAGCUCUGUUGCCAUGGAGACAAGUGGGGGGCUUUCCUCUCCUUCACUGGGCUGGAUGUCACAUCACCCUAGGAUGAGAGGGUAGGGUUGCAUAUAACAAUAAAUUGGUCAGCUCGGUAAGAUAGUCCAAUGGGAUUAUUUUCAUCAUCUCCCCAGUAUAGCAGAGGUUGAGGCCAAGAGAGAGGAAGAGGUGUUUGGACCCACAGUGCUCUCACUCCCAGUUGUAAUACAGCAACCCAGCUCCCUGCUAGCUUCACCUGUCCCUGGCAUUUUGAAAGCAAGCUCUGAAGUGGCUCCUCUUCAUCCCGCUUCUGCAUUGCCUUCUCCUGCCAGCUGGGACUUGCCAAGCACGAGCUAAUGCAAAAGGCAGCUCAGGCUUGUUUGCUUUCUGUGCUCAGCCCCCUAGCUCCAUUGACAGCUGCUUUUGCCCCUUCUGCAGUAUGAAACAUUUAUGAAAAGCAGAAACACUCUGCCAGGGAGCUUUGCAAUUGCUUUCGCUGGAAGCACGGGGGAAGGAGGGCCGUUUCAGGUGAAGCAAGCAGGCGAGCAAAUCAAUGAGACAGCAAACAGGAUAAUUUACGUCCUUCUCUGGGGACGAAUUUUGCCUCUCCCUUCCUACUCUCCAGCUUCCUGGCCAAAGGACUUUCUGGUUUCUUUUAGACAAGAUGUGCACAGAGGGGUACAAAACAAAGCUGUUGAACAGCCAGCCCUACAGAAGUAGCUUUGCAAGCUGACAUAUUCUGCAAUAACUUAUUAAUUGCUUUAUGUUGAGAGCUUAGGCAGAAGGAACAAAUCUAAGGCUCCCCCUUCCAUUCCUAUCAGCCUUCCACUUAUUUGGUAUUAUAGGGGUUUCCGAAUGAGAUGGUCUGGCUUCCAGGCUGGCUCGCCAUCACUUUAAUCCAGAGCUGAUAGGCAUCUGCAUGAAUUUCAUGGGAGGGAACAUGCUUAUUGGAAUGGAAUACUUCCCUGGAUAGCUCAGCUGGUAGAAAACGAGACUCUUAAUCUCAGGGUUGUGGGUUUGAGCCCCAUGUUGGGCAAAAAGACUCCUCCAUUGCAGGGGUUGGACCAGAUGACCCUCAUGGUCCCUUCCAACGUUAGGAUUCUCUGAUUCUCUGAACACAAUACUCCACUUUUGCAGGGAUGUUUUGAGCUGAUCCUACACAAUCUUGGUGCAACCUGGUCUUGGACUACAGCUCCCAUCAGUCCUAGCAUCAUGUGACGCCUGUUGGGUCUGAUGGGAAUUGUAGGCCAAAGCCUCUGACCUGAUGCAGCAGAGUGAGGAAGGCUGCUCUAUCCCUGAACUGAGUUGCAGGGCUGAUGAUUUGGCCAUGUUAAUCUCUCCAAAAAAGCCUUCCUCAAAGAGGAGAACUAACACCAAGGCCUCAGCACAAGCCAGCUUUUCCUCUUGAAUCUAGUCUUUACCAAGAGCGUAGAAAUGUGUCCUCUUUUCGGAGCGUGUUACGGGGGCAGAGAUGGGUCAUUUGCACUGCUGCCCUUUCCUGCUACAGCCGUCACAUCGUGUUUGCAACGCGCAAGCAGAAAGCCUGCCAAUUCAAGCACACUAAAGCACGGAGGCUGUUAUGGGAAAUGCUGCCAUCCCCUCCGUUUGUCACCGGUGCCCAGCCUGGAUUCUGAGAUGAAGGAAUUUUUCACUGCCCUCCUCUUCCCCACCACCCUUGCGUGUGUGCCCUGUCAAACAGACACCUGCUUUUUUGCUUGCUAGCAGACAGAGCUGCCUUCCAGCCCCUUCGCACAAGUGACGCUCCAAAGCUACUUUGCUUAAAACAGCAUUGUGUAACCUUUGAGGUCAGCCAGCCCACCCUCUGACUUGCCACCUGAAAUUAUUCCUCCAGGGCAUAUAUGUAUAACAGGUAGGCAGUGGACUACAACUCCCAUCAUCCCCAGACAGCAUGGCCUAUAAUCAGGGGUGGCUGGGAGGGCAACCAUAUUGGCUACUGCUAGUCUAUCCCGAUGGGCAACUCACUGGUGCAAGCUGAGCAACUAUAGAUAUUAGCUAUUUGGAGAGCCUUUGCUGUACAGUGGUACCUCGGGUUACAUACGCUUCAGGUUACAGACUCCGCUAACCCAGAAAUAGUGCUUCAGGUUAAGAACUUUGCUUCAGGAUGAGAACAGAAAUCAUGCUCUGGUGGCGCGGCGGCAGCAGGAGGCCCCAUUAGCUAAAGUGGUGCUUCAGGUUAAGAACAGUUUCAGGUUAAGAACGGACCUCCGGAACAAAUUAAGUACUUAACCCGAGGUACCACUGUAUUAUCCUUGUGGCCAUGAAGCCUCUGGUGCUAUUGGUUGAGCUGCUGUGACGCCAUGGAACGUUCAUAUUUGCUGUGUUUUGGUUGCUUUUAAUGUGCCAAUAAUUAACUUUAUCAGAAAUGUUGACAGAACCCUAAAGACUCCACAAAACAGCCUGAGACAGAGGGAGUGAAUAAUUUCCCUCAUAUUCACUCCCUCUAAUGCGGUUGAUAUUUUAUAACACUUCCGUCACCAUCAUGCCUGUCCCAGUUAUUUUGUUUUCAGUUGACGGGGAGGAAUAAUGUUUGUUUCUUCAGUUGUGAUAUAAAAAUAUGUACAAAUGCCAAUAAUAGACCGUGACAGAAUAACACCAAAGAGACAGCCUGAGAAGGUCUGAAGCAGCCUUCGCCAACCUUGUGCCCUCCUAAUGUUUUGGACUACAGUCCCCUUCAGCCCCAGUAUCAUACGGCUGUCCUGCUGUGGCUGUUGGGAGUUGUAGUUCAAAACAUCUGGUGGGCACCAGGUUGGGGGAGAUAGGUCUACAUUUUUAAUGAGGAGACAACUAAGGAAUGACAUGGAACAUUCUGCACAAAUACAGUUCCAUGUAGUUAAGCUUCAUGUCGGAUUGGGGUGAGAUGGGAGCUGGCAGGCGCUACCUUUUUAUUUCCAGCUGCACUCCCUUGCAGACCUUGGCCUGGUUAAGGGAGCUGAGUCAGCCACAGCUACUUGGGCAGGGCCCCAGGCGGUUCAUGGUUUGCCGCAGGAACAAAUGGUGUUCAGGCGAUACUCCUGGUUGCCCUUCUGGAAGGCAGAGGGACCUGUGAUGCUUUUUCUCCCCCUCAGGGGUGAUCGCCCUGUUCUGCAGGCAGUACGACAUCAUCAAAGACAACGAACCAAAUAACAACAAGGAGAAAACCAAGAGCACCUCAGAAAACAGCACCCCCGAACACCAGAGCGGGGGCCUCCUGCGUAGCAAGGUGAGAAGGGCCAGGAAUUGGGGAGGGAGAGGCAAGGCAACCAGCCUCUCUAAAAGUAGCCUUUGCUUUGACUGGAGCUGAAAGUCCAUGUUCUGCCUCUGAACACACAGCCAGCCCAGUGCUGCCCAUGGGCACCAUGGCAGCCUCAAAAAUACCCUGGUGGCUGCCAAGUGCCAUGCCCCUCCUGGUUUUUUUUUUAUUUUAAAUUGAGUUUAAAGCUUUACUUUUAAAUUGAGAUGUAUGCGCCUUCGGGGGGGGGGUGUCUGCUUCCUACUUUUUUGUCUCUGUUUAAUUUGCUUGGGGCGAUAGUGGCACUAUGUGAGAUCUCAAUAUUUUGUGAGAUUUCAGUGAGAUCUCUCAAGAUCUUUCUGGAAAUCGACACCGAUGUUGGCAGAGGUGGCGGAGCGAGCAGUGUGCCCACAGGGGAGCUGCUUCAGGGGUUUCUGCCACCCGAGGUGGCACCUUCAGCCUGCCUCAUGGGUGGGCCGGACCUAAGUCACAGCAAAACCUUACCCAUAACAACCAGGUGAUAAUCAACAGACCCCCCCCCAAAAAAAUCCAUUGGAUCCUUCUCCAUCUCUCUAAAAUAAAAACCAUAUUUAGAGUAUGGCUUGCAGUAUGUCAAGUGCAUGAUGUGUUGAGACAGCCCCUUGGUUGUCACAGCAGCCAUCAAGUCCUGAGCUAGCCUAGACAAGGCAGUAUUGACAUGGAUAUUGAAGACCCCCAAAGCUAGUGUCCUGGGAUUCUCCACACCACACCAGAGACCACCUCUGGCAGCUCAGUCAGGGAGGCAGCUGGGCAGACACGAGCAAGACCACUAUCCUGUCCCUGCAGCCCAACACAAUAUACAAACCCUCACAUCCAGCUCCUAGGUGGACUGGCCAAUGCAUGCCAAGUCAGUUAUCUCAGUUCAGUGCUUCUGUAGGCACUGGCCAGAACCCUGGUGGGGUUAACAUUUCCCUGAGCAAUCAGUUCAAAAGCUUCUGGCACUGUUUCCAUUUUAUUUCUGGAAAGAACAGAGCUAGAGAGACAUUCAGGUUUUCAAAAACAGAAAGCGAGACUCAAGGGAGGAGCUUGGAAUAUCCACCAGGUAGGGUGGGGGAUGCUGUCAAAGGCCAAUGCCAACUAAGGAUUAGGGUUUGCCUCUAAUGGACCAAACUUCAUAAAAUCUUCUUCACCUCUACUAAUCGUGAUGAUGCUUCCAGCUUCCCCGUGCCGUAGCCAUUUGCCCUUGCCAGCCAUAACCUUGCAUCAACUUUCGACAAACCUCCUUCAUGUUCUGCUAACUCUGCUGUUGAAGGAAUUAUUCAUGCCAGAGCGACAGUCUCUUCAGUAGCAGGAAAGUCACAUAAGGACACAUAAGGGCCCCCCGCCAUGUUGGAAAACCUCAGUGUGUUAAUCAAAGGGACAACGACAAUUGCACAACUCCUGGUGUUUCCAAAGGAAGUCAGAAAGGGAGAUACUUUCUCAGGGCAGCUCCAAGGGGGUCACAUGAAUGCCCCAUUGACACAACUAGUGAGCUUCACCCAGUCUUUCUGGUCUGGUGCUAAAAUGCUGAAUCGAGAGGUUUUUUUAUUGAUUGCAUUUUGCUUUGGCUUGACUGUAUGUUGUAAAGCUGCCCUGGGAAAGAAAAAUCUUCAGAACAGGAGGGUAUAAAUCUAUUAACAAAUAACACUUAUAAGUCUUUGGAAGAGUCUCUCUCUCUCUCACCCCCCAAGAGAGAAAUAGGAGAAAUGCUCCUUCAAAGAUGGUGCCUGCUGAGAUGCAUGCAACAUCCCAAAACAACAGAAACACAUUUUCUUCAGAAUUAGAGUUAUUAACUAUAGUGGCCUUCCCCAGUUAAUUUUGGACCACAACUUCCAUCAGACUUGCUGGAGGGCACCAGGUUGGCAAACACUGAUUUAUACAGAUUUAGUGUGAAAGGUGGAUUGAUUGCUUAUUCCCUGUAGCAAGGAAGUGCCUCCUCUUAGUUAUAGGAGAUAACUAAGCUUAGUUAUAGGAGUUAGCUAUAGGAGAUUCCUCCUUGGCCUCUUCCAUCUUUGUUCCCUGGCUACACACCCUCUCAGCUCUCCUUUCCUUGUUCUUGAGCUGCUGUAGCUGCCAAGGAGAGAUGCCCCUGGGAUUUUUGCAAUGAUGCCUCCCCACCAGAAAACUGUCAGAGGCAGUAAUGCAACAAGGUGUCUAAUGUUGGCAUUUCUUGAACUCAUGGUUUUCCAAAUGCAAGCCUUCCAUUGAUCCUGCUAGCCUUUUCAACAUAACCAUGACUGACUCCAGGCCCCUUCGAUUUCUCCUUUGCGCUGUAGGACUAAAAUGGAAGUGAAACACACACCAUCUGUUUAAUCCUAGCUUCACCUCCAGCCCUCAGACUACAGAUUCUCAAUUUUCCCCAGGGUAUAUUGACUUCACAUUCCUGGGUACCUUAUAUUUCUCUUUCUUUCUUUCUCUCCCCCUCUCCCCUCUAGUUUCCAAAAAACAAGCCCUCAGUGAAUAUCAUUGAAGCAUGA